CCCCCCCCCCCCCGGCCGCCGCGCUGAGGGCGGGAGACGCGGCUGCUGCUGGUGCUGCAGCCACCACCGGGACUGGCUCUGGGUGGGCUGCUGCGCGGAGCACCGGCGUGCGCCACCGGCCCUGGUCUGCGCUGGGUGCCGAGGCGUGCCGGAGGGGGAAAGCGGGAGGCCGGGGCGAGCCUCCGCCCGUCGAGCGCCGGCAUGAGCAUCUCCAUCCCGGAGGGGCUGACGGAGCUGCUGCAGGACUUCACCGUGGAGGUGUUGCGCAGCCAGCCGGGGGACCUGCUGGAAUUCGCCCUCCAGUACUUCGGGCGCCUCAAGGCGACCGCGGCAGCAGCGGAGGGGCAAGAAGGCGGCGCCGAGCAGCAGGAGGCGGCUGCCUGUGGUCCCCGCCGCCUAAAUGCAGCCUCGCCCAGCUCGGCGCGUGGGAGCCUCUUGCAGAUCCGCAGGGCCGUUUCCGAGUGCCGAGGGGUCAGCUUCAUCGAGGAGCCCAUGCAGACCGACUCGGAGAGCGGGGAAGGGGCGGACGAGGAGGACGACGACGACGACGAGGUGCAGCUCGCGGCCCCAGUCAUAAACCGGUUCACCAGGCGAGCAUCAGUUUGUGCAGAAGCUUACAAUCCUGAUGAAGAGGAAGAUGACACCGAAUCAAGGAUUGUUCAUCCCAAAACAGACGAUCAACGGAACAGACUUCAAGAAGCCUGCAAAGACAUCCUUCUUUUUAAGAACCUAGAUCCGGAACAGAUGUCUCAGGUGUUAGAUGCCAUGUUUGAGAAGCUGGUUGAUGGAGGGGAGCAUGUUAUUGAUCAAGGUGAUGAUGGCGACAAUUUCUAUGUAAUUGAUCGAGGGACAUACAAUAUCUAUGUGAAAUGUGAUGGUGUUGGAAGGUGUGUUGGCGCCUAUGAUAACCGUGGGAGCUUUGGUGAAUUGGCUUUAAUGUACAAUACAUCCAGAGCAGCUACAAUCAUUGCUACCUCUCCUGGUGCUGUGUGGGGUUUGGACAGAGUAACAUUUCGAAGAAUUAUUGUGAAAAACAAUGCCAAAAAGAGGAGAAUGUAUGAAAGUUUUAUUGAGUCAUUACCCUUCCUUAAAUCUUUAGAACUUUCUGAACGAUUGAAAGUGGUGGAUGUGAUAGACACCAAAAUCUACAAAGAUGGAGAACAAAUCAUUGCUCAGGGAGACAUGGCCGACUGUUUCUUUAUUGUUGAAUCUGGAGAAGUACGAAUAACAAUGAAAAGAAAGAAUAAACAGGAUGUAGAUGAGAAUGAAGCUGUUGAAAUUGCUCGGUACACCAGAGGACAGUAUUUUGGUGAACUUGCUCUUGUAACUAACAAGCCUCGGGCUGCCUCUGCAUUUGCGCUUGGCACAGUCAAAUGUUUAGUUAUGGAUGUACAAGCAUUCGAAAGGCUUUUGGGACCUUGUAUGGAAAUUAUGAAAAGGAACAUUGCGAACUAUGAAGAACAGCUAGUUGCUCUGUUCGGAACAAACAUGGACAUUUCUGAUCCCAGUGCAUGAACUAAAUUACGAAGCCACAGAUCUGUUACAAGAAAUAGCACGGGUAGUGGUUAGCCACUGGAAAUGUAUCUAUCUUCCUGUAGAUGCUAAGCAUUUUUUUCUGUGAUUUUACAGGGGAUUAGGGUUCUUUAGGUUUUUUAAGACUUUUUUUGCCUUUUCUAUACAUUGAUUAAGAGGGCUUAUUGAAAUGAGUAGAGGUGAUAUCAUACUGUUUGCCCUGACUUGCAAAAGAAUUAAGCUACCAACUUCUCAGUUUCUAGGCAAUAGACCUCAAAAUCAAUCCUGUCAGCCUUACUGAAAUUCAGUGGGAAUUUACAUUGUUGUAUACAGUUUUAGGAUUACCAUCCUUCAGCAACCUCUUUUAAAAAUCAGGACUUUUUAUAACCCAUUUUUUAAUGUUUGAAGAGGUCCAUGGUUACAAUGCAAACAGGAUGUAUACUGUUUUUUUUUCUGUUUUCCUUCUGUGGGUCACAAGUCUUUCCAAUGUACCAAAGGCCGUUACUGAAUUUCCAUCUUUAGUUUGGUGGUAGUGGGUGGCAGUGAUCUCACUAAAUGACCCUUUGAACUGUAUCCUGCAUGUUGAUAAAAUAAGGUCAUUCUUGAUGGAACAAUUAUGGAUUCCUAUGAAAAAUUAUCUGGUACUAAAAAAACACAAAUUGAUGGGUUGUUUAUUACUGAUAUAAAUAAGAUUGUGGUUUUGUUCAUAUUUGAAAUAAUAUGGAAGUGUCAGUAUGCCCCCACCAUACAGUACUUAUUUUUUUGGGUUUUUUGGCUUCCUUGAAUUGGCGUGAUUUAAAAUGACCUUUGUAAAAUUUGUGUUGAAAAAUUCCUUAUCACAUCAAAAUUCAUCAUGGCUUUGCAUUCUUGAUAAACUUUAUGACUUAUAUCUGAUUUUCAACUUUUCAUUUUUCUUGGUAAAUUCUACUGAAGACAUCAGAUUCCAUUGAUGUCUGAAUGGCAGAUUCCGCAUGGGCCAAAAACAAUGGUGUGAAAAACAGUGUAAAAUGGAAAAACAGUGUAAAAUGGUUUAAAAGGCUUUACACCAUUUUCACACCGCUGUUUUGGACCCACGUGGAAUUUCCUUAAGAAAGGCACUAUAACAACUUAUGAAAUGUGAAGGGUUUACAUUUUUACAAUACUUUUUUAAUACAUUACAUAUGUUGUAUGUUUCUUAAAUUUAUUUAAGAUGUUCAUUGAUUAGGAGUCAACGAAAAGUAACUUUGGACAGGCCAUUGUCAUAUUCCAUAUUUAAGUAUAAUUUGUACCCUCUUCAGAACAGCCUAUUGUGGUAUGAUUAGUUUUUAAAGGUACCAUUUCAUCUAGUAAGGAUGGAACUACUUGGUUUUGAAGUGCUCAUAUCUCAUCAAUUACUUUUUUUUCUAUUCCUUGUUCAGUUUUCCUUCUUAAAAGCAGUCAUUUUAUCUUGUUUGUGUUAACAGUUUCCCCUAAUUUUCUAUGUAGUCCCAUUGGUAUGUAAUAGGCUGGUUUUAGCUGCAGUGCUGCAACUGGUGUACCACUCUAGUUAAAGUUAGGUCUAAUCCUGCCAUGCAAUUCCUCACUUACAUCUUACUGUUAGAUGUGCUGACUUCUGACAGGCCAGAAAGACCCAAGGAACUCUUGCACCAUGUAUGUAUAGAAUGUAUAGAAAAGGUUGCAUAGGAAGAGUGUGCAUAGUGUUUAUCAUAUCCGAAUUUCAUUUUUGACCACUGAAGAUGGACUUCAUUUGCCAAAAUUUAAUUAGCGUUCAUUCAGAAUAAUCUGCAGGAGAGCACUUCUGUUUUGAGAGAGCAUUGUCUUCCUUGGGAAAGACUCUGGGAGUACUGGUGUUACAACUUGUUUUGUUUUUUUUAAGACUUCCUGCAACAUAAAAUAUUGCAGUUUCAAGAGACAGAGUUAUUUCUUCUGUCUUGCUAAAGAAAGUAUUAAUACAUAUGAAUGUCAGUGUAACGAUUUAUCUAAGAGUUUGUGAUGGAUAAGGUCUGAUUCAGAAAAGUAUACUGAAAGGUUGUUAUUAUACAACAAUUGUAUUGGUAUUAUAUAAUUUAUAUACUGAAUAUAUGCUAUAAAUAUAAAUGUCAACAUUUUUACAUGAUAUUGUUUUUUUGAUUGAAAAAGUGAUUGUGUUCUGUAUUUGAUAGGACUGUUCAGGAACAAGUAACCUGGGCUUGGAUUCAAAGACCCAUGUAACUUCGUUUCACACAGUGAAGGGAAUUUUGGGUUUGUUGUUUCUUAGAAAGCAACUUCCCAUCAAGUGCCAAACCUCCUUUGAAAAUAAAGGGAUAUUCAAAAAACAUUUGACAUUGCAUAAAAUUCUGACCUUUCGAAAGUGUUGCGGGAAGAAAUCCUUCUGAACAUCCCAAGCUUUUGGGCAGACCUAAAGUCAGUCUUUGGAUCCCAACCCAUUGUUUUUGUGACCUUCACUGAUUUACAGUUAAAUAUUAUAUGUUAGUUUAGUGUUGUUUAGUGGGAAAAAAAUUCACAUUUGACAGUGAUUUCCAAAGCAAAUACAAGUCUUAAUGUUGUAUUUUAAAAAUUUCUUAUGCAUACCCACUCACUGUAUUAUUUGACACUCUAGAUUUUAAAGUGUAUUGAACCAGUGCAAGUGGAUUAAACACAAUUUGUCUUUCUGUAAAA